AUGACCAGGAUAACCAUCGUCGGACUGAAACCGGAGACGACCUACGAGGUCAAGAUGUCCGCCAUCAACGGCAAAGGCGAAGGCGAGAGCAGCCGUUCCAGCACUUUCAAGACGGAGCCAGUCCAAGGGGAACCAACUUCUCCCAUACUAGAAGUCACACCUGUAAAGAGCAGUAAUUCUGCUAAAGUCAAGUGGACCAAGCAGGAUGACGGAGGCUCACCCAUUAAGCACUACCUGAUCAGAUACAAGGCUGUGAGUACACCGGGCAAGGAGGUAACAGGGUGCCACUUUGCCACUUUCUCCAUUUCUUCACCAAUUAGCAUGAGGAAAAAAACAAAGUCCUGGAGACACCCUGCUGGCAAAUGGCAGCAGGAGAUACCAGCUGGGUUCUAUCAGGAGGAGAAGCGCCAAUAG